UGUCUCUUCUUGUCUCUUCCCUUCCAUCUUCUACCAUGUUGGGGCCAGCUGAAGUCGCACAUGGCCCUAUGUUUAUCGGCUUCAUGUUCAAUGUUCUUCUCUACGGAAUUAUGAUCACUCAGGUGUACCUAUACUUUACUGCAUACAAGCAACAAGCUUGUCGUCAAGCUAUUCGUCCUCCUUCUUUUUCUCUGCGAUACCGUAAACACGGUUUUCGACUUUGUGUAUCUCUAUGAUUGUUUUGUUCUGCAUUUUUGUACGUG